AUUGAAGGAGCGAUCUGUGUUAUGAAGAAGCGAAACCCUAGCGAUCACGAUUGUGCCUCUGGAUCGUCGUCGCGGAACAAGAUCAUCAUCAUCAUCAUCGUCAACGGGAGGAGCGGCGUGUUUGUUACGAGUAGGGUAAUCAUCUUCGCGGGUUAUCGGGUCGCGUUCUUGGGCCUGUGGGUCGGGUCUCAGGCCCAAUUUUAAAAAAAAAACAAAAAAAAAUGCGUUUAACCCCUCUCUCUCUGACGCACUACCUCACUGAACAUAACAAGGGUUCAUCACUUCUUCUUUUUUUCUCUCUCUUACUUUCUCACAUUUCUCAUCAAAUUUCCUAAAUUUUUUUCUCAGAAUUCUCAAUUAAAAACCCUAGUUUCUCUAGUGCUGGACUAUCCCUAAUUUUAAGCUCCGUAAUUAGCUCGCGUGCAUUUCCGAAGUUGGGGAACCACGGAAUAGUAGUCUUAAUUUUAUUCUCGAAAACCCUGGUAGUGUUGGCACAGGGAGCUUGAAAUGAGUGUCACGGAAACAUCAAAGAAAACUGGUGCUGCCCAAAUCGUUAAGCUGGACAAGGCAUUGAAAUUGGCCCAGCAAUGGUUGAAUAAUAUGAGUGAAGAGGCAGAUGAUGAUAGAACAAAUGCAGAUUUACAGGGUCGACCUUCUGGGCUUGGUCUCGGUGCAAAGGUUUCACGGCAUUCAAAAGCUGGGGCUUCAGAUGACCCUGUGGAAAAGAAAUUGUAUGCCAAAAUGAAUGCUGAAAAAAGAAAAGCAGCUAAUAUUGCUAAAGAGUCUGCCACAAUUGCAAGAGAUGCUUUAGAUGACGAUGAAGACAGUGAAGAUUUAGAUAGUAGAACUAAUGCAUUUGCUAGUAAGAGGAAGGCACCAAUUCCUUUGACCUCAUCUAUGUUGCGAAAUAAGAAGCAAAAGUGACAUUUAUUAAUGAGCUACUUUUUUAUCAUUUUAUUAAUGAGUUAUUUUCACUGUAAGGAUGUAAAUUAUCACACAUUAUACAUUUGCCAAGCUGACAGUUUUGGCUUCAACAAGUUUAACACAUUUUUUAAUUAAAAAUCAUUAGGUAUUUCAUGGAA